UACCCCGGGGCUCGCUGCCGCUCCCGCCGGCGCCGAGAGGCCGGCCCGGGCCCAACUCCCUCACGGGGCCCCCGGCGGCGGCGGCGGCGGCGGCGGCGGCGGCGGAGCCCACCGCCCGGGCCCCAAUGAGUAACUCCCGGAAUAACCGGGUGAUGGUGGAAGGGGUCGGGGCCCGGGUAGUGCGCGGCCCGGACUGGAAGUGGGGGAAGCAGGACGGCGGCGAAGGCCAUGUGGGCACGGUGCGGAGCUUCGAGAGCCCCGAGGAGGUGGUGGUGGUGUGGGACAACGGCACCGCCGCCAACUACCGCUGCUCCGGGGCCUACGACCUGCGCAUCCUGGACAGCGCGCCCACGGGUAUCAAGCAUGAUGGAACCAUGUGUGAUACCUGCCGCCAGCAACCAAUCAUUGGCAUUCGAUGGAAAUGUGCAGAAUGUACAAAUUAUGAUUUGUGCACUGUUUGUUACCAUGGAGAUAAACAUCACUUAAGACAUCGCUUUUAUAGAAUUACUACACCAGGAAGUGAGAGGGUUCUUUUAGAGUCUCGUAGAAAAUCUAAGAAGAUUACAGCCAGAGGGAUCUUUGCUGGUGCCAGAGUGGUACGAGGAGUGGACUGGCAGUGGGAAGAUCAGGAUGGAGGAAAUGGACGUAGGGGAAAGGUAACAGAAAUCCAGGACUGGAGUGCAUCAAGCCCACAUAGUGCAGCUUAUGUUCUCUGGGAUAAUGGUGCUAAGAACCUUUACAGAGUUGGCUUUGAGGGCAUGUCUGACCUCAAGUGUGUCCAGGAUGCCAAAGGAGGUUCUUUCUACAGAGAUCACUGCCCUGUGCUAGGUGAGCAAAAUGGCAACAGGAAUCCUGGUGGAUUGCAGAUUGGUGACCUGGUAAAUAUAGAUCUUGACCUAGAAAUUGUACAGUCUUUGCAGCACGGUCAUGGAGGAUGGACUGAUGGCAUGUUUGAGACUUUAACUACAACUGGAACUGUUUGUGGCAUUGAUGAAGAUCAUGACAUUGUAGUACAGUAUCCCAGUGGCAAUAGGUGGACCUUCAAUCCUGCUGUUCUCACUAAAGCAAACAUUGUCCGAAGUGGAGAUGCUGCUCAGGGUGCAGAAGGAGGUACCUCACAGUUUCAAGUGGGUGAUCUUGUACAAGUUUGUUAUGAUCUGGAAAGAAUCAAACUUCUACAGAGAGGACAUGGAGAAUGGGCUGAAGCUAUGCUCCCAACUUUAGGUAAAGUUGGCCGAGUACAACAGAUUUAUUCAGACAGUGAUUUAAAGGUGGAAGUUUGUGGAACAUCUUGGACAUAUAAUCCAGCAGCAGUUUCCAAGGUGGCAUCUGCAGGAUCAGCCAUUAGCAAUGCAUCUGGUGAAAGACUCUCUCAACUCUUGAAGAAAUUAUUUGAAACCCAAGAAUCUGGUGACCUCAAUGAAGAAUUAGUUAAAGCUGCUGCCAAUGGGGAUGUUGCUAAAGUGGAAGAUUUGCUAAAAAGACCAGAUGUGGAUGUAAAUGGACAAUGUGCUGGUCACACAGCUAUGCAAGCUGCUAGUCAGAAUGGACAUGUUGACAUUUUGAAAUUACUUUUGAAGCAAAACGUGGAUGUAGAAGCGGAGGAUAAAGAUGGAGAUAGAGCCGUUCACCAUGCAGCUUUUGGAGAUGAAGGUGCUGUUAUAGAAGUACUGCACCGGGGCAGUGCUGACUUGAAUGCUCGCAACAAGCGGCGACAGACGCCACUUCAUAUUGCUGUCAAUAAAGGCCAUCUUCAGGUUGUGAAGACUUUAUUGGACUUUGGCUGUCAUCCUAGUCUCCAGGAUUCUGAAGGGGAUACUCCUCUUCAUGAUGCAAUAAGUAAGAAACGUGAUGACAUUCUGGCAGUUCUUCUAGAAGCUGGAGCAGAUGUUACCAUUACAAACAAUAAUGGAUUUAAUGCUCUACACCAUGCUGCGCUAAGAGGAAAUCCCAGUGCAAUGCGUGUUUUACUGUCUAAAUUACCAAGACCAUGGAUUGUGGAUGAGAAGAAAGAUGAUGGUUAUACUGCCUUACAUCUGGCUGCACUUAACAAUCAUGUAGAAGUGGCUGAACUGUUGGUACAUCAGGGUAAUGCUAAUCUGGAUAUCCAGAAUGUGAACCAACAGACUGCCCUACACCUUGCUGUUGAACGACAGCACACCCAGAUUGUGAGGCUUUUGGUCCGUGCAGGUGCCAAAUUAGAUAUUCAGGAUAAGGAUGGGGAUACUCCUUUGCAUGAAGCUCUGAGGCAUCAUACCUUGUCUCAGCUGCGUCAGCUCCAAGAUAUGCAAGAUGUGGGGAAGGUAGAUGCUGCAUGGGAGCCAUCCAAAAACACAUUAAUAAUGGGACUUGGUACCCAGGGGGCAGAGAAGAAGAGUGCAGCGUCUAUUGCCUGUUUUUUGGCUGCCAAUGGUGCUGAUCUUAGCAUUCGAAAUAAGAAAGGUCAAUCGCCGCUUGAUCUCUGUCCUGAUCCAAGUCUCUGCAAAGCACUGGCAAAGUGUCAUAAGGAAAAAGUCAGUGGCCAGGUGGGUUCUCGAAGUCCUUCUAUGAUUAGUAAUGAUUCUGAAACUUUGGAAGAGUGCAUGGUGUGUUCAGAUAUGAAGAGAGAUACUCUUUUUGGCCCAUGUGGACAUAUUGCUACCUGUUCUUUAUGUUCUCCACGAGUCAAGAAAUGCCUCAUCUGUAAAGAACAAGUUCAGUCCAGGACAAAGAUUGAAGAAUGUGUGGUAUGCUCUGACAAGAAAGCAGCUGUUCUUUUUCAACCCUGUGGACACAUGUGUGCUUGUGAGAACUGUGCUAGCCUGAUGAAAAAGUGUGUGCAGUGUCGGGCAGUAGUUGAACGAAGAGUGCCUUUCAUUAUGUGUUGUGGAGGGAAAAGUUCAGAAGAUGCCAGUGAUGACAUCUCAAGUGGAAAUAUUCCAGUGUUACAAAAGGACAAGGAUAAUACCAAUGUCAAUGCUGAUGUGCAAAAGCUGCAGCAGCAGUUACAGGACAUUAAAGAGCAGACCAUGUGCCCUGUGUGUUUGGAUCGGCUGAAGAAUAUGAUUUUCCUAUGUGGCCAUGGAACAUGCCAGCUCUGCGGAGACCGAAUGAGUGAAUGUCCUAUUUGUCGCAAGGCUAUUGAACGAAGGAUUCUUUUGUAUUAAGAACCUCAGUGUGUUUUCAUAGCUGAAGUAUUUGGUCACGAGCUCUUAGUAAUCUAUUAAGCUAGUUGGAGGGUCUAAUGAAUUGAUUUUUAAUACCAUAGUUUUUUUCUAGAGUGUAAUUAGACUGUAAAUGUGCCAGAACAAAAAACCUCUAUAAAACAGUGUUUGAAGUUGUGUUUUUUGUUUUUGGUUCUUUUAAUUUGAAACAUCAAAUCCAUGUAAUUCAUAGGCAAUUUACUUGUCACUUCUAAGGGAAAAAUCCUUUAAGGAUCUCCUGUUUUUUGGUUUUUGUUGCAUUUUUUCUUCUAGUUUAUAAAUUUGUUAGGCCUCAACAAAUGUAGUUCCUUAUGAUCAGCUAUCCUUCAAUAAUCAUGAUUUUACACAGUGGGUUGACAUAGGUACUCAAAGCAGUCAUACAUCAAAUGAAUGGGGCAAGGCAAACCAUUAGGUCACAUGUAUCAUGUGACAAAUUAUAAUACAGGUUUUACAUGGUUAAUAUUGAAGAGAGGAUUAUCUUUUUAAGAAAAAAGUUCUGCAAAUGACUGAUUCUGAAUUCUUUGAAUGAAAGCAUGAAAUGAGAGUAGUGACUUUGCAUUUAGCCUAAUUUCUAGACUUAAAAGGAAAAUUGUUUAACUUGAAUCAAAUCGCCAGUUUCAAGAUUAUUGACAUGAAAAGGAAAAAUAAGCAGUCAUACUGGGGAACUGAGGUGGGGGAAGUGGCCAGUAAACGAGUACCUAUUAACUGACCAUUAAAAGUUGCCUUUCAUACAUAUUAAUUUAUACACUGUUCUGUUUCCCAGCCUUUAAAAAAAAGUCUGUGAAAAGUAUACCUCAGUUUUCCCUGUGGUUCCUUAUCCAGGCUUGAUCUGACCAGUGAAAUAAUGUUGCCCUAUUUGGGUCUCUGAGGUUCCCAUGUAACUUCUCUCAUGUACUGAAUAGUACCCACAGUGAUCUGAGAAGGAUAAUGCAUUGUCCCAAGGAAGCAAUCUUUUUCUUGUCCUUAUCUGUUCAUUCUGACAGUGUUACUGGUUCUACCUUCAUCAUAAGCCCUACUUCUAUUUUCUUUCAGUUGCUAAGGCUUGUAAAGAAAACACUCUCCUUAUACCUACCUACAUAUUGAGGAUGUUAGUUAAAUUGCCAGUAGUAUCCAAGACAUAGUAAGUAACCUAAUAAUAAAUACUUACUUUAGAGUGACCAGGACAUUAACAGAAAUAUGUCUGAUUAUCUGUAGUUUGUUGUUGUUUUUUUUUUUUUUUAACUCAAACCGAUUCUAGAGCAUCGGAUCUUUUCCCUCUGAAUGAGUAGUCUUACUUUAUCUAGGAUGAAUCUACAUAUAAAUAAGUGUUUUGGGGUCAUUGCUGCUAGAUUAUAAAAAUAUCACCUGUUUACAGUGGUGUCUACUAUAUACUAUGUAUAAGCUUAUUCGUAAGGAUGUAGUUAUCUUGUUUAUUUUUCCGUUCUUUGAUUCUGGUUCUUUUUUUUUUUCUUUUUUUGUUUGGUUGGUUUUGUUUUGUUUUUUUACAACAACUCAAUUUAAGAAUAUUCCUGGCAAUUUAAUGACUGCUGCCUUUGCAAGUCCUGAUGAAAACAGUGGUGAGCUUUUGCUAACUCAUUUUAUAGUCUUGGUAAUUCCAUAUCUGUGUUUAGCUGAAUAACUUAGAAUUUACAACAGUAAAAUUUUUAUAAAUUUUAAAUUUGAAAACUUAUAUGGAUUCAGUUAUCUAAUAAAGGGCCACUGAGGCUAUUUUUUAAGCCAUAUUUUAAAGUUAUAGAAAGAUAGAACAUCUGACAUGAUGUUCACUUAAAGAAACAGACUAUUUUCUUUUAGAUUUGAAAAUAGCAAAAGUCAGGAUUUUUUUUUUCUUCUUCCAUGCCAUAGGCAGCCCAUCUCUUUUCCACUAGAUCAGUUGGAGAGGAGGGAACACCUGGCUGACUCAUGCAUGGUUCGGCCAUCAAGUGAAUUUUAUGGUCUAGAGCUCUACUUUACUUAAGUCCUUUUUGUCUUAGGAGCUUGCAGUGCUUAAACUUACAUCCCUAAAAGGUAAUUUCCUUUUCCAGACUAGUUUGUAUCUUCGACAUUAAAAAUACAAUAACAUAAACUAUUACAAAAAAUCAUAAGGUCACUAUGAUUGCAAUGCUGUGUACUUGUGAAUUUUCUAUAUUUGUACCACUUUGAAAUUUGUUUAAUGAAUAGAUGUCUAUUUGUGUUUCAAGUAUCUGAAAAAUUAUUUUAAAUUUAUUUUGUGUUUUUGAGUGAGAUUAAGAUAAGAACUGAGUUAAGUGACUUUCUUCUAACUAUGAAAAUGCUACCUCUUAUAUGUCUCUCAGCAGCACUUUCCCAGUUAGGUAUGUUUCCUUCUCAUCAGCUCAUUAUCAUGUGCCUCAGAAGAGCUUUUACUUUUCCUAGACUCAUUAAAAAAACAAAAAAAAAAAAAACAAAAAACAUAGCAUUCAUUCAUUCGAAAAAGUAUUUAUUGGGCCUCAGAGGCUAGAUACACAACAUUGAAAAAUGAUCAGGAUCUUAGCACACACAGAAUCUAUAGUGCAGCAGUUGUACAUUUGAAGAAAUCUGUAGUCAAGAAGGGAUCCAAAGGUACUGAUAACAUUUCUUCCCAAUGUUUCAGAAGAGUUGUCAUUAAGUAGCAUUUGGAUUCCCUCUUUGCCCCUUCAGUCCUACCACAUUUUCUCCUCUACUCUAAGACUAUCAGCUUUGUUGCCUGAAACACAUACACAACUUAACCAGAUGGUGCUAUUCUAAUCGUUUUUGUUCACAUAGUUUAACAUUCAUACUGCUUAUACUAUAUAUGUAUUUAAUUUUGUUGGGAGCAAAAAGGCUUUUCAAGAGAUCAUUUUGUAUUAGUGUAAGAAUAGUAUAUUAGACAAAUGUUUAGCUUAGCUGGCCAAAUCAUAAUUGGACAAGAUGUUUGUAAUUUUAUACAUUGCAAAUUGACCAGCUGGUUACUGAGACAUAUAAUUAAUUAAUGACGUUGAAAAUACCAUUCUUAAAUUUGUAUCUUUGAUGGCUUUAGCCUGUAAGAGCAUUUUAGCAUAUUGAAAUGCAUGCUGCUUUAAGAUUUGUCCAAUUCGAAUUUCAAAGCUUGCUGGGUCAUGUUCUUGUUUGUUAUAAAUUUUGAACCCUUUUCAGCUAGGAAUUAUUUACACUUACAAACUAAGAGACUUAGUGAUGGGGUAGGAUAGAGAGUAAGGAGUUGCUGUCAGUGUUUGAAUUUAGAGAAAAAAGGGAUUUGAGAAAAUCAUGUAGAUUUCAUCAAAGCAGUAAGCAGAGAGAGUAUACUUGAUUGAAUAAUAAAACAGGUCUUUCAACCAGUUUUUAAUGUCAUUUAAUUGACAGUUGCUUUGUAAACUAUAUGGUUUAAUAUGUCUGGCUUUAAAAAAGUCCAAAGGAAAAAGCACCUAUCCUGUCAGAGUGUCUAAAAUGAUAUAGUAAAAUAGUUUGUGUAAAAAUUGAGAUUUUGGAAUAGAAUUUUUUGUAUUUUUUUAUUGUGGUAGAGAUGCAACAUGAAAUUUACCAUCUUCACUAUCUUUAAGUAUAUAGGUCAAUAGUGUUAAGUAUAUUCAUGUUGUUAAACAGCUAUCUAGAACUUUCUCACCUUGCAGAAUUCCAUACCCGUUAACUCUCCUCCCCCCAGUUGAAUAGAGUUUUCAUUAAAUGUAAAUCAAGAAACAACUUGAAUUAUCUUAAUUGUGUUUGCAAGAUUUAAAGUCAUGGUCAACCUUAAGUUCCUAAGAUUGAGGGAUGACAGAAUUUAUUCCCUUCCUCCCAGCUGUUAUUAAUCAUAAUUUGAGUUGGUAUUAAAUGUCUGUUAAUUGGAAGGGUUUGUUACUUCGUUUGGAGCCAGAGGAGGGGGGAACACAUUUUAGACAUUAGAAUCAGUUUUAAAUUUGUAGUGAAUUGGGAAGGUAAUAGAUUUUCACAGACUGUGUGCCUUGUUAAAAAUGUCAGUUGUCUUUAAGUCUCCUUGAAACAGUCUCAAAAUAUUUUUUUCCUCUCAAAAACACAACCUAAUUUUAUUUGCUUGAAUAUUAUGAUAGGAAUGCUUACUGAUAUUACUUGAUAAUUAUAUAAUAGCCUUGGAACUUUAACAUUUAUAUAUACACACAUAUAUAAAAAACUAUAGCAGUAUUAAUAAUCACAGUUGUACUUCUUUAAAACAUUAAAUUUGAGGAAAAACUA